AUGGCACUUGAUAGUGGCACUGGCAAAGAGAGCGGCAUCAAUCACGAUCGAGAGGACGAAGAUGCAGAUGCGAUCCUAGCAUCACUGGAGGUGGAAGACUCUGGAGCUUAUCGUGCUCGGAGACUGGAAGAAUUGAAAAAUGCAGCGGGCGCGUCCGCCGGGACUACGACCUUUGCCACGGUCAAGAAGGCCUAUAUCACCUUGAGCAGUGAUGACGAGGCUCUUGCUUUCACGACUGAGCACGAGAGGGCAGUGCUCCAUUUCUUCCACCCCGAAUUUGCGAGGUGUAACACAAUGGACACCCACUGUGAGCUCAUUGCAGAAAAGCAUGCGGAAUACGGGAAUGCGGAUGUUUCCUUUGCCAGAGUCGAUGUCAAAAAUGCGCCGUUUGUGGUUGAGAAGUUGCGUGUCAGAGUGUUGCCAUGUGUGAUUGGUUUUGUCAAGGGAGCAGUCAAAGGGAGAGUUACCGGUUUUGAGGGUCUAUGCUGGGAUGGCAAAGAGGGCAGUGUGGAUGUCACCAGAGCUCUGGAGGAUGUACUUCUCGGCUGGAAAGUGUUGACUAAGAGGCUCCUCCUUGGACACGAAGACGAGAGAAGUGAUGACAACGAGGAAGCCCCAGAUCAUCGGAAAGCAGUCCGUGGAGCUAUCCGCAGUCGCAAUCAGAAGAACGAAGAUGACGAUGACGACUGGGACUGA